UACCUUGUUCAAAGCUGCACGGCAAAUAGCCAAUGACUGGAGAGUACUUCCGCACAUGUGCGCAUUGGAGGAGGACUCUGCCGGAGUAUCUGCACUUUUGAGUAUUAGUUUCGAAAUUGAUUUUUAUUUCGGGAAAACAAGCAAAUGCUCCCUCGGAUAUGAAACAUUUUCUCGUCCUUGGGUUGAAGGUAGCCCGGUUACAUUCGCGAUACUGUCACCAGAGUGUUUGGAGUAGGCAUGGCACGGCCAGGAAGGUGGCAGUUGACUUGGGGGAAAGAAAACUUGAGAUAUCCACGGGCAGACUUGCCAGGUUUGCUGAUGGAAGCGCUGUUGUACAGUUUGGUGAAACCUCUGUGAUGGUGACCGCUGUUAGCAAAACGAAGCCUACCUCCUCUCAGUUCAUGCCACUAGUAGUGGACUACAGGCGCAAAGCUGCCGCUGCCGGAAGGAUACCCACCAACCACCUCCGACGAGAGCUGGGCACGACGGACGACGAGAUCCUCACCAGCCGGCUGAUCGAUAGGUCCAUCAGGCCACUUUUCCCUGCUGGUUAUUUCUACGACACGCAGGUGGUGUGUAACCUGUUAGCUGUUGAUGGCCGGAAUGACCCAGACGUUCUUGCGAUCAAUGGGGCCUCCGCUGCUCUUACUCUCUCUGACAUCCCAUGGAACGGGCCCAUUGGCGCGGUGCGAAUGGGCAUUGUAAAUGGAGAGUUUGUGGUGAAUCCGACCCGGAAGCAGAUGGCAUUCAGCACGCUGAACAUGGUGGUGGCAGGCGCUUCUCAUAGCCAAGUGGUGAUGAUUGAGGCGGCAGCGGACAACGUGCUGCAGCAGGACUUCUGCCACGCCGUGAAGCUGGGCGUCAAACACAUCCAGCAGAUCGUCCUGGGCCUGCAGCAGCUGGCCAAGGAGCAGGGUGUGACCAAACGCAUCCCUGCCAAACUCUUCACCCCCGUCCAGGAGAUGGUGGACCAUGCGCGGAAAUUGGCAUCGAAUAAGAUCUAUGCUGUUUUCACAAACUUUUCCCAUGACAAAAUUUCCAGAGAUGAGGCCAUCAACAGUGUACGACUGGACACUGAGGGGCAGAUUAAAGAAAGGUUUCCUGACGCUGAGCCUUAUGACGUGGUUGAAGCCUUCAACACUGUGUCCAAGGAGGUGUUCAGGAACUUAACAUUUAACGAAUACAAGAGGUGUGAUGGGAGGAAUCUGACAUCUUUGAGAGACAUUAACUGUGAGGUGGACAUCCUUAAACCCCUCCACGGUUCUGCUCUUUUCCAGAGGGGACAAACACAGGUGCUUUGUACUGUUACGUUUGAUUCUAUAGAAUCCAGUGUGAAAGCAGACCCUGUCACUGCCGCUUUGAGUGGAAUCAAAGAGAAGAACUUCAUGCUCCACUAUGAGUUCCCUCCCUACGCCACCAACGAGAUCGGGAAGCUGGGCGGAGUCAACCGCCGGGAACUCGGCCACGGGGCCCUGGCGGAGAAGGCUCUGAAGCCCGUCAUCCCCUCCAACUUCCCCUUCACCAUACGGGUCACGUCGGAAGUGUUGGAGUCUAACGGUUCUUCGUCCAUGGCAUCGGCGUGUGGGGGCAGCCUGGCUCUCCUGGACGCAGGUGUGCCGAUCACGGCUCCAGUGGCCGGAGUGGCCAUAGGCCUCAUCUCCAAGGCAAACCCAGAGAAGCCAUCUGAGUUCCAGGACUACAGGCUACUCACAGACAUCCUCGGCAUCGAGGAUUACAACGGAGACAUGGAUUUCAAAUUGGCGGGAACCAGCAAGGGCAUCACUGCAUUACAGGCUGACGUAAAGAUUCCUGGGUUACCUCUCAAAAUCGUAAUGGAGGCAAUCCAGCAAGCGACGGGAGCGAAGAGGGAGAUUUUGUCCAUCAUGAAUAAAACUAUCGCCAAACCGAGGGCCAGCAGAAAAGGGAACGGACCGGUCGUGGAGACGGUCAGAGUGCCUGUCUCCAGACGAGCACGCUUUGUGGGUCCUGGGGGCUACAACCUCCGCAGGCUGCAAGCCCUGACAGGUGUGACUAUAAACCAGGUGGAUGAGGAGACUUUCUCCGUGUUUGCCCCGACCCCCAGCGCCAUGAAUGAAGCACAGGAGUUUAUCGGAGAGCUGUGCAAGGAUGACCAAGACAUACAGCUGGAGUUUGGUGCAGUCUACACAGCAACCAUUAUAGAAAUAAGGGACAACGGAGUAAUGGUCAAGCUGUAUCCAAACAUGACCCCUGUCCUGCUCCACAACACCCAGCUGGACCACAAGCGGAUACGACACCCGAGUGCUCUUGGCCUGGAGGCUGGUCAGCAGAUUCAGGUCAAAUAUUUUGGACGAGACCCAAUUGACGGAAGGAUGCGACUGUCUCGUAAAGUGCUUUGGGCUCCAACAGCCUCGCUGGUCAAGACCGUGAGUGAGAAGCAGAGCAUUGUCAUGGGAACAGAAAGUGUUCCUGUUGAUGCCACAAAUUCCUCUUGACCCCUCACUUUCAUCCACCCACCUUACCCAAUGAUCACAUUUCUGCCUGCCUAUACGUCAGGCAGUCAACAAGAUGCUUCUAACUUGUAGCUAAUGUUUUCUUCUGUUGCCUGUUUGUUGGCCAAAAACACCUGAAUGGAUGUGUAUUUUUGUCUGAUGGAGUGGGAACAAUUUGGACAAUGAUAUAAAUACAUGUGUAUCAUUAUAUAUUUUGAUAUUUUUAAUAAUAUUCUGGUAUGUCUGUAUGUAAAUGUUUAGUAUGAUAAUGUGAAAUAAACAUGGGAAAAUAUGACAAAA